UCAUGAUACAUGUUUCCAACGGAACUUUAAUACGGGCGGACCGACACGACACCACGUGAAUUUGAACAACUUUCUCUUUAAUUUUUGAAUUCUUAUUUAAACUCACUUCAUAUUAUAAAUGUUUUCAUGUUUAUAAAGUUUUAUCGAUUCGGCUCAAAAUGAGGUUUCGUGGGAAGAUCGUCGAUGUGGCGUGUCUCAACCAUUUCACUCGAGUGGUGAGCACCAUUUCCAAACUGACCAAGACCUGCGUCCUGCGUGUCACAGGGGACCAUAUCUUCUUCGUGCUCAGUGGAAAGGUGGCCAAUGGCGGCGUGGGCAUGUGGUGUGAGCUUGCCCAGGCCAACAUCUUCGACGAGUACCAAAUGGAGGGGGUGUCCUCUGAGAACAAUGAGAUUUGUUUGGAGGUGACUCCGGAGAAUGUGUCUCGUGCCCUGAAGACCGUCCAGAAUGCCAAAAGUGUGAAAGUCAAACUGACCAAGAAGCACUGCCCCUGUUUGACCAUCGUCGCAGAGCUGCCCACCAUGUCCAGCACCAGCCGCGUCGUCACUCACGACGUCCCUGUUGAUGUCAUUCCCAGGCGACUCUGGCACGAGUUUAAAGAGCCCAGCAUGCCCGACUUUGAUGUGAGCAUCUACCUGCCGCAUCUUAAGACAAUGAAGAACGUGGUGGACCGGAUGAAGAACCUCUCCAACUUUCUGGUGAUGGAGGCCAACAUGAGCGGCGAGAUGAACCUGAAGAUCGAGACUGACCUGGUGUCCGUCACCACUCACUUCAAAGACCUGGGAAACCCUCAGUGGGAUGACGACACCUCCCAAGGUGGCCCAUCUCGGAGGCGUGAACCGGACACGAUGGCCCAGGCUCGCGUGGACAUCAGGAAGCUGCAGCAGUUCCUCAUGGGUCAGCAGGUCAACCCCAGCAAAGCCAUGUGCAACAUCGUUCACCAGAGAGUGCUCCACCUCAUUCUGCUGCAUGAGGACGUCUCGCUGCAGUACUUCAUUCCCGCCGUGGCAUAGACGCUUGCCGCCAUGUUGGACAGAGAUCGCUGCUGGAGGUGGGCCAUGCCGUUGCAUCCGUCCCAAAGAAAACAAAACGUUUUGGACGUUCAGUAUCGAAAUGUUUGACUUGCUGUUCAGACAUCUUCAGAGUUGACACGAUGAUGUCAUCACCUUUGUGUGUCGUAACCGCAUUGUUUGCAGCAACAGUCAUUCGUUAAAGCGUUUGGCGAUGCGUGGACUCUUCCGAGUGAGCGUGCCCUCAUGGUCACAUGACUCAGGAGCGCCUCAAGGAAGGCUUCUUCCCGCUACGUUGAAGGUGAAAACAAGCACUGAUCUCACAUGAUCAAGCAGGUGAUCAUGUGACACAGAAUAUUGCUAAUUUGUUACCGCUCCGACCGCCAAUCAAAAGUGAGCUUUAUGUUUAUCUGGGAUUGUUAUAAAAACAUUGGAAGCUACUGUCGAUGCUGCAGUCCAGUUGUACACCAAUGCAAACCACCACAAUAAAC